UCCUCUCGACAGCUCGAACGUAGUUUCCCUCUGACGUCUCAUCUGUUGGCAGGUGUUCAGUUAUGUGCUGUAUGUGCCCAUGAAUUUCAGAGCCCAGAUCACUCUGCAGCAGAGUACCGGGAGACAGGGCACCAAUAUGAAGGAGCAAAGUGGAGUUUUUAACGCGUGCAAACUGCUGCUGGUGGGGAUGUGUGUGCUGCUGCUGCUCCUCAGCUCUGCAGGUUUAGUGUUUCUAUUGGUGCGGCAGAAAGAGCUCACGGAGGAGCUGGUCAGGUUGGACGCUCAGAUGCAGGAGCUGUCACAGAGCUGCAAGCUGCAGGCAGGAAUCCUGACAAUGGACCCUGGAGAGGCUGCAGAGCUGAAGACCCUUCACCGUAGCAGAAGGAACCAGGAGGAAGAACCAACACCAAGUGAAGACAAGAAAGACAUGCUGAUGAUGAUGACAUACUCCAUGGUCCCUAUUAAAUCCCUCAUAGAUCUGUGUAGCAGCUCUGGAGGAGUUUGUUUAACAGGUCCACCUGGACCUCCAGGUUUGCCUGGUUCACCAGGACCACAGGGUGUGCCAGGGCCUGAGGGAAGACGAGGAAAAAGAGGACCUCCUGGAGAACCGGGACCUAAAGGAGACCCUGGGCCUCCUCAACUGAAAGGCGAAACCUGCAACAACAUUCUCACUGACGGUCCUGCUGGUCCAAGGGGUCCACCAGGCCCACCGGGCCCACCUGGUCCUGCCUGCCCUGCCUGUUAUUCUAUUAAAGUGAGAAACAAGACCGCCAAAGGACAGGUUCAUCAAACCAACAUGCUGAUGGAUACAUCUCCUCCUUUCCUGACCACGGAGGCCUUCAUUGAAACAAACACUGAAAACAUUAGCAGGCCAACAAUGAACAAGACUGAAUCAUGGACACCACAUCCAGCUGAUGAUGCCAGAAACAUCCUGUAUGUUACUGACUCUGAGAAACUUCUAGGAACAAAAACAGAACCUGAGUCAGUAUCAUUUCAUCCAGACAACAGCUACAACACCUUCAAUGAUACCAACACAGGAAAUGUCACAGAGGCACCAACUGAAUUGUCAACAGAGUUAGUAUCACUUCAUCCAGACAGACUUGACACCUGGAUCGAAACCAGUGUUACAGAGGCACCAAAUGAAUUUACAGUGUUACCAACACCACGUUCAGCUCAUGAAACCAGAGAUGUUUUGAAUUUUACUAACUUGGAGAAGCUCACAAAUGUAGAUAAGGAAACUGUGUCAGUGUCACUUCAGAAAGACAACAGCCGCAAAAGCUUGAGUGAAUCCAACACAGAGACUGUUACAGAGGCACCAAUAAAAUUAUUAACAGCCCCACUUUCUGUGAACCAAAACAGAGAUGUUUUCAAUGCCAGCAGAACCACUACUAAUAAACCCAUGAAAAGUGGCCCACUUUCUAAAGAACAAAACGCUGAUGCUGUCAAAGGCAGCAGAACUGUGAUGACAACACCCAUACAAAGUGAAUCAUCAACACCUCUUCCACCUGACAACAGCAGAGAUGUCUUGAAUGUUGCUGACUCUAAGAAACUUCGAGACACAAAAACUGAAACUGAGUCAGUAUCAUUUCAUCAAGAUGACAGCCAUGGCAACUUGAAUGAUAACAACAGUGAGACUGUCACAGGGGCACCAAUUAAUGUAUUAACAACCUCACUUUCUGGGGAACAAGGACAAAAGAGGGACACUUUCAAUACCAGUGGAAACAUCAUCAUCGAUACACCCAUGGAAAGUGACUCCCAGAAUGACAAUCUAAAUUUAACUAGCAAUGAGAAAUGGACAAAAACUGAAUCGUCAACACCUCUUCCACCUGACAACAGCAGAGAUGUCGUGAAUGUUGCUGACUCUAAGAAACUUCAAGACACAAAAACUGAAACUGAGUCAGUAUCAUUUCAUCAAGAUGACAGCCAUGGCAACUUAAAUGAUAACAACAGUGAGACUGUCACAGGGGCACCAAUUAAUUUAUUAACAACCUCACAUUCUUGGGAACAGGGACAAAAGAGGGACACUUUCAAUACCAGUGGAAACAUCAUUGAUACACCCAUGAAAAGUGACUCUUCACAUCCAGCACAAACAGCCAACAAGAUCAAUGUGACAACCAAUGAGAGAUGGACAAAAACUGAGUGCAAUCUUAAAUCUAUUAAAUGUUCUGAGAAAACCAUCAAAAUGAAAUUUACUUUUGGAGCCUGGAUGUCAGAUGCGUCACAGCUGGAUGAAGGUCCAUACUGGCUGGCCGACCAUUUUUCAGGUCGACUUUUAUUGGAGUACGAGAAUGUUUCAGCAUUUCAGAGCAACAGUGACAAAACUAUAGACAUCAGGAGAUUCUACCAGGGGUGUGGCCAUGUUAUUUACAAAGGGUCAUUUUACUUCCACAAUGCAGGAACAAACAAACUUUUAAAGUUUGACCUGAACACAAGGAGAAUACACAGACUUUCCAUGGCAAACAGCAGAUAUAACAACCUGACUUAUCUUUUCAGCAACUCAAAGACGUACUUCAAGUUUGCUGUGGAUGAAAAUGGACUGUGGGUCAUUUUUGCGUCAGAUACAGAUGAUCAUACGAUGGUUGCGAAGCUCAACCCUGACACAUUCUCUGUGGAAUCUGUGAUUAACACUGCCUACCCUACAACUAAAGCAGGAAAUGCUUUCAUUGUAUGUGGGGUGCUAUAUUUUACAGAUGAUAAAGACAGAAGAGUGCAAUAUGCCUUUGAUUUAAAGAAAGAGAGUCCUUUUGAUGCAAGUUUUGAUUUACGGCCAGCUAAUGGCAUCUUGGCUAUGCUGUCAUACUAUCCCAACAAAAAGCUUUUGUAUAUGUGGAACAACAGCAGUGUGAAAACAUGCAGAGUUAAACUCAAAGGGACCUAAAAAUAACCAAAAACCUUUUAAUAUGGCUUCUAUAUAUAUCUAUAUAUCUAUAUAUCUAUAUCUAUACAUAGAUAUAGAUAUAAAUAUAUCUAUAGAUAGAGAGAGAGAGAGAGAGAGAGAGAGAGAGAGAGAGAGAGAGAGAGAGAGAGAGAGAGAGAGAGAGAGAGACAGAAAAACAUUUGUUUUGAGAGAAACAUUUGUUUUCAUGAAUUUCACAUUCAGAUUAAAAGAGCUGCAACAGUCUGAUUUUAGGUUUUGCAAGAACAUGAGAAAAAGAGUCUGUUCAUAUCACAGUCAUAUGACAAAGUGCUUUGCCCAAAACAGCCACACUGACUGUUGUGCAACUCAGAAGAGGACCCUCUGCUCUGAACAUGCAUGCUUACUUGUAAGAGAACCUCUGCCUGCAGAAAAGCCAAGGAUGGAUUACCAGUUGGGCAAAGCAGGCAAGUGUGUUGGGGCCCCAGGCCCCAGGUAUUCAUGUUUGUCAAUUGUUUAUUUGUCAAUAUCAGUAUCACCAUCAAUAAAGAAGUUUCUGCA